AUGCCCAAGUUGAAUCUUCUGCAUACACUUUCAUGGGCAGUCAGUUGUCUACAGCUUGCUCGGGGAAACACUAUACCCCGCCAUGCUGUUGCAAUCGAACGUCGCGAUGUGAAUGCGGAAUAUGAUUUCAUUAUAGCGGGCGCGGGCCCCGCAGGUCUGACGGUGGCCGAUAGACUGACCGAGGACUCCUCUGUCUCGGUCUUGGUUAUUGAAGCCGGGCCGUUCGAUCAGUAUGAGGACAAUGUGUUGAUCCCCGGAGACUACCCGCCCUUUCAGUAUUUUUGGCCUGGGUUGGAAAGUGAGCCACAGAUUGGAUUGGACAAUAUCUCGUUCUCUUCGGUAUGCGGUCGUGUUGUAGGAGGUGGAUCUGCUGUCAAUGCAAUGGUGUACACCCGUGGGGGAAAAGAGGACUACAGUGCCUGGGUAACUCUGGGCAAUGAAGGUUGGGCAUGGGACAACAUGUUGCCCUAUUUCAAAAAGAGCGAGAAUUUUACAGACCCAGAUCCAACCUAUGCUGCACAAGCAAACAUUUCGUAUGCAGAUGACGUUCAUGGUCAUUCUGGCCCGGUCCAGGGAUCCUAUCCUUCUUAUCACUUUCCGGGAAGCGAAAAUUGGUGGCGAGCUGCACUUGAUGCAAACAUCAGUCAGGCACCAGACCCCAAUGGCGGUGACAACAAGGGGGCAUUUUACAUGUCUUCUUUCCUUGACCCGGUCAACGGGACGAGAAGCUAUGCGCGCAUCAAUCAUUAUGAUAGGGUCAAGGACGCGCGUCCCAACUACCAUAUCUUGGCUGACACGACUGUCGCAAAAGUUCUGUUUAAUGGCACCGCGGCCAUUGGAGUCGAGUAUUUGCCCAGUGCUGGCGGAAAUGUUUCACAAGUCACGGCAACAAAAGAGGUUCUACUCGCAGCUGGAGGUGUUCACACACCUCAAGUACUGCAGCUUUCAGGUAUCGGCCCUCGUGCUCGCCUCGAAUCAUUGGGUGUCAAAGUAUUGGCCGAUCUGCCAGGUGUCGGUCAAAACUUACAAGACCACGCGACUCUAACAAUUUCAUACAACUUCACCAAUAAUGUAACUCCGAAUCAAGGAUCUCUUGAUACAAAUGCAACGUAUCGUGCCGAGCAGCUCGAGCUAUAUGAGCAGCAGCGUCUGGGCGCAUUUACCAUUGUUCACCCAUUGAGCACCAACAUUGCAUCGGUCGCCCUCUGCAAUGCCACGAGUGACUGCCAAAGCAUCGUUGACGAAAUUGAUAGUGAGGAUCCGGCUCUUUACCUGCCGUCUGACAUCGAUUCGACUGUACUGGAUGGCUAUAAGAAGCAGUUUGAGAUUACUCUUGGGCAGCUGAAUAGUUCUUCGUCACCAAUCGGGCAGAUACAUUGGAGCACAACCACGACGGCGACACUGUACUUUGUCAAACCGCUCAGUCGCGGCACCAUCAACAUCAACAGUACCAACCCAUUGGCCAAUCCUGUGAUCGACUGGAGAUCCAUGACCAACCCCGCCGACUUGGAUUUCACCUUGGCACUCUUUCGCAAGCACAGGGACAUUUUUAACCAACCUUCCAUGAGAGAAUUGGGACCAAUUGAGCUUUCCCCAUUUGGUGAGGGAAUACAGGAUGACGAUGAUAUCAAAGCAGUGCUGCGACAGCAGAUCAAUCCCAGCAACGCUCACCAGUGCUGUACUGCUGCAAUGUUGCCCCAAGAUCUUGGCGGAGUCGUAGAUGAUCAACUGAGGGUCUAUGGUGUACAGGGGCUCCGUGUAAUUGACAUUAGCGCGUGGCCCAUGAUUAUCUCGGCGGCCCCUACGGCCACGAUAUAUGGACAGGGUGAAAAAAUUGCGGAUAUUAUCAAGACUGCUUAUACACUGGCCUGA